GGUCCAUUUCAUUCAAACUAAUCUGUCCUGCUCUGCUCCAUGCUUCCACCUCUCUGUGCUUCAGACCUCUUGUUUGGAUUUCUUUGUUCCUCCUCGUUGAUCUCGCUGGGCUUUCUAAGAAAGAGGGAGAGAGAGAGAGAAGAGAGGAUGACGAUGUUCCAUUUCUUCAAUUGCGCAAUUCUCACAUUCGGCCCCCACGCUGUUUACUACUCCGCGACGCCCUUAUCCGAGUAUGAUACACUAGGUACCUCUGUUAAAGCAGCUCUUGUCUAUCUCGGAACAGCUUUAGUAAAGCUUGUUUGCCUGGCGACCUUCCUAAAGGUAUCAGAGAAUGAUAGCUUUGAUCCAUAUCAGGAACUGCUGAAAGCUCUAAUUGGUUUUAUAGAUGUUGCUGGGCUUUACUUUGCCUUGACUCAGUUGACUCACAGAAACAUUUCUCAGAAUCAUAAAUUCCAAGCUGUUGGACUUGGUUGGGCUUUUGCUGAUUCUGUUCUUCAUAGAUUGGCACCUCUUUGGGUGGGCGCUAGAGGACUAGAAUUCACAUGGGAUUACAUGUUGCAAGGCAUUGAAGCAAAUGCGAAUCUGGUAUUGAGUAUAUCCCUAGCUGCAUUGGGUUCUUUGAUGUGGCUCCGGAAAAACAAACCCAGGACUCUGAUUCCCAUAAUAUAUGCAUGUGCAGGAAUUGUGGCAACAAUGCCAUCUAUCACAAGCUAUCUGAGGAGAAGUUUAGGCUGGCACUUUCCAGAGGUGGUAGGCUUUGAACUAUUCACCUCACUAGUGAUGGCUUUUAUUAGUUGGCAGCUCUUUGCUGCAUGCCAGAGACCCUCUUCCUAAGUUGGCCUUCAUUACUCCGGAUACUGUAGACUGACUAUACGGCAAGCAAAACCCUAAAAAUUUAAAGACAGCUUAAAUUUUCUUGACGCGGCUUUGCUUUUUUAUUUUAAUUUCACAUCAUCUUGAAUGUGGCCUCUAGGAAUUUGUUCGAUCGAUUGUUCUCUUUGGACUGUUUUAAUCUGUUCAGAUAGAGUUGAACAAGAUUUUGAAUGGAAAAAAAAAAUAUUGAGGUAAGUAGGGUGGCUUUAUACUGAAAUUAUUAUUCCUUGUAUUAUUCUUUCAUCAUGUGACAUCAAAUGAUCGGUACAUGUCAUAGAAGGAGGGAUACCUAAAAGUAUGGAUGGCAUGUUUUGAUCAUAUGGCCAUAUGGGAAAGAGACAUUUUUCUCUCCUUGCUGUUGUGAUAUUCUUUUUGGUACAUUUGGAUUAGAAGAACAGCAGCAGCAAAAGAAGGAAAAGCAAGAAAGAAAACUUGUGUGUU